AUGUCUGCUUUCACAGCCGAAUUGACAUUCCGCAAGUACUACGAGCGAGUAUUCUACACACCCCGAGAUACCGAGAUACAAACUAUUGUUUUGGUCGAUGCCCCUGUGCUGCAGGAGAUCCAGAUCCAGCCAAAUAGUCACAUACGUGAUUUAAACAUUUACAACACUGGGCUGAGCCAGAUUCCUCAAGGAUUGAAAUACCUUACAAGACUUAAUGGUCUGUAUGCUUCGAAAAAUCAGUUCACUCAAUUCACACUCGCAUCGUUCUCCAGUACUCAGAGGCUCUCACGCAUGGACUUAAGCGACAACAAAAUCAAUCUUCUAGUCGGCACAAACCAUACUGUUAGCAUUGAAACUCUCAAUAUGGCAGUUAAUCGACUUACCACCGUGGAUAUGUCAUUCUUUGGUCAAAUAGCAAAUCUUUCCGUUCUGAAUCUGAUGUAUAAUCAAAUCAUACGUGUUGAAAGUACAAUCCCGGUAAAGUUACAGGCACUGGAGCAGUUGAUGUUAAGCAAUAAUCGACUGACAUCAUUUCAACCACAACCGGUGUCGUUUCCUGUGCUGAAUACGCUUUCCUUGGGAAGUAAUAAUUUAUCCUCCAUUCCGCGAAAUCUCGUCAACUAUCCUUCACUGAAGUCACUGGACCUAGGCAAGAAUAAAUUAACGUGCGUGGACCUGUCUUCCAUACGGCAAGCGAAGAAGUUAGACAAUUUGAAUUUGGAUCGCAAUGUGAUCACAUCCCUAUCGUCCUCAAGUCCGCUCAAGCACGAUGCGCUAAGGGUACUGAGUGCUAACGAUAAUGAGCUUGUUCAGUUCACUCAUUUUACACUCGCAUCGUUCUCCAGCACUCAGAGGCUCUCAAGCAUGGACUUAAGCGACAACAAAAUCAAUCUUUUAGUCGGCACAAACCAUACUGUUAGCAUUGAAGCAAUCAAUAUGGCAUAUAAUCGACUCACAUCAUUGGAUAUGUCAUUCUUUGGACAAAUAGCAAAUCUUACCAUUCUUGAUCUGUAUAACAAUCAAAUCAUACGAGUUGACAGUACAUUCCCGGUAAAGUUUCUGACACUGAAAAAAUUGUACUUAACCAACAAUCGACUGACAUCGUUUCAACCACAAGCGGUCUCAUUUCCUGAGUUGCGGAUGCUUUCUUUGGGAAGUAAUAAUUUAACUUCCAUUCCACGAAAUCUCGUCAACUAUGCUACGCUGGAGUUUCUGGACUUAGGGAAGAAUAAAUUAACGGACGUGGAUCUGUCUUCCAUACGACAAGCGAAGAAGCUCAUCGUGUUGGAUCUCAACGAAAAUAAGAUCACAUCCCUAUCGGCUUCGAGUCCGCUCAAGCACGAUGCGCUGGAAAUACUCACCGUCAACAGCAACGAGCUUGUUCAGGUCAAUUUCACAGGAUGUGCGAUGGCGUCGUUUGUGCAAAUAAUGUCUACUUUCACAAAGGAUUUGACAAUCCGCAAGUACUACGAUCGAGUAUUCUACACACCUCGGGAUACCGAGGUUGAAACUGUUGCUUUAUACGAUGCCCAUGUACUGCAGGAGAUCCAGAUCCAGCCAAAUAGUCACGUUUAA